CACCGACCCUAAAAAUACUCCAAGCGGUUAUCUAGCCCGGUGCUGCAAGUGCUUACUCAUGGAAGUGAAGCAGCCCCUGGGCUGUAGCGAUGCUGUUUUGCAUCACGGGGCUUUGCGAGAGCGGAUCCUGGCAGGCGGAAUUAGACCACAGCUAGCCAAAGAGAAGAUUGAAGGAUGCCAUAUCUGUACAUCCGUCACACCUGGUGAACCUCAAGUGUUCUUGGGAAAAGACAAGGCCUUCACUUUUGAUUAUGUCUUUAACAUCGACUCGCAGCAAGAAGAGAUCUAUAUACAGUGUAUAGAAAAACUGAUCGAAGGUUGCUUUGAAGGUUAUAAUGCCACUGUCUUUGCUUACGGCCAAACAGGUGCUGGCAAAACAUACACCAUGGGCACUGGAUUUGAUGUCAACAUAACAGAAGAGGAACAAGGCAUUAUAUCUCGUGCUGUUAAGCAUCUUUUCAGAUGUAUUGAAGAAAAAAAACAAGCUGCUAUCAAACAAGGACUUCCACCUCCAGAUUUUAAAGUGAAUGCACAGUUCUUAGAGCUUUACAAUGAAGAAAUUCUUGAUCUGUUUGAUACCACACGUGAUAUCGAUGCAAAGAAUAAAAAAUCAAAUAUUAAAAUACACGAAAAAAGAAUUUAUACAGUGGGUGUUACAACCCGACCUGUGAAUGGAGAAUCAGAGAUGAUGCAGUGCUUGAAGCUGGGGGCUUUGUCUCGAACCACUGCCAGUACGCAGAUGAAUGUUCAGAGCUCGCGGUCACACGCAAUCUUUACCAUACACUUGUGUCAAACCAGAGUCUGUCCUGCAUUUAACACC